AUGUCGUUAUCCUGUUGGUCACGCAGCGCAUCGGGCGCUUGUGACUGGGAACAGUGUCUGCUGAUGGGCUCCGGCGAGCCGAUCCGAGCUCGCGCGGUGGUCUCAUCGUCACAGAAACCACGCAAACCACGACAGGAGAUAUCGGCAUGUCUAAAAUGGCUCGUCUUCACCCUCAACUCAAUUGUCUUCCUACUCGGAGUUGGAAUCCUGGCACUUGGAGUGUACCUGUUUGUCAAAGACUUCCGAGAAGUUAAACUAGUUGAUGUGAUAUUAAAUCCUGCCAUCCUUAUCAGUAUAUUCGGUUUCUCAAUAUGUGCAGUAUCAUUUUUCGGUUUUAUGGGUGCCUUGCGUGACAAUAUUUUCUUGCUCAAAUGUUUUGCGGCAUGUGUCUUCCUAUCUUAUAUUCUAGUCGUUGCUGUUACCCUAGUCUUUUUCACAUUGUUCUAUACGGACACCACCGAGGGUCUUUCUGCAAACUGGUUACUUCUUUAUGCUGUCAAAAACUACCAUACCAAUCGUAAUCUAGCUGAAAUUAUGGAUGCACUCCAAGAAAAUUUGGAAUGUUGUGGAGUGUCUUCUAUUGCCCAGGGGUAUCGCGACUGGAAUAUGAGUUAUCAGUUCAAUUGUACUACCUCAAAUCCCCAACCCGAGAAAUGUGGUGUUCCAUUUUCAUGCUGCCGAAAAUCUGUCAUUUCUGAAGCGGCUGGAUCAUCGAACCCUCUGUUGCCGGCGAUGAGGUCAUUGGAAUGUUGGCAGAAUGCACUGACUAAACGACCAGGAGAUUUGGAACACGAUAUUUAUACUCGUGGAUGUCUUCAACCUAUGAGAACGCUGUUUGAAUCUCAUGCAGUACAUGUUGGAGCAUUUGUGGCUCUUCUUAUUGUUCCCGUGUGCGUUUCUGUUUGUCUCACUAACAUUCUUGCCAAACAAGUCGAUCAUCAAAGGUACCUCCUGGAGAGAGAAGCAAGAAGAAACGAACGUCGUCGGAAGAGAGACCGUGGGCACAAUCAAAGAGAUCAACUGAACUCUUUGGACCUUCUAGAAGAGGGAAAAUUCAACAACUCAUCUUCUAAUGCUACUCGACCACGACCCCCAGAUAUUCCACCUCCGCUACCACCGAUUGAACAUGUACCACGAAAGAAAUCGAGGAACGCCAGUGCCUCGCCGACUAGAAAACCAAAGUCAUCUGGAGUGGAAAAUGUUGCCGCUAGACGAAAGAGGACUCCAGCAGCUACAAGAUCACCACCGGUCCCAUCGACUGGACCAGCGCCAACUCCACAAGCGACUUCAACAAAUCGAACACAUCAAUGGGUAUUGCAGCAAUCUGAUUUGGUUCCCCAGAAAACAAAAUCAUAA